UGACGUUACAAGCUCGCAGAGAAAGAGGGGAGGGACUUGAGCAGACAGCGUCCCAAUAGUUUAUGUUUCCGUUAUACUUUCUGUAUUGAAUACAUUGACAAUCGCUUGUUUAAAUUCAAAGAUUUGAGUCUGUUCAUAUUAGGAUGGCUGAGCCGUGUGCUAGAUAUCAGCAGCUGCCCAAUGAAGAGGAGCCAGAGGAGGCUCUCCAGGUGGCUGCUGAUGCCCCACCCUCUUACAGCAGCAUUGCAGAAGAAAAUGCAGCUUAUUUUGACUGCAAAGAAAAUGGGGGUUUCCCCAAUCCACCAUCAUACAACGUGGCCACAACGCUCCCUUCCUAUGACGAGGCAGAGAGAACCAAGGCUGAAGCCCUUGUUCCCUUGGUAGCUGGAAGGGAUGAAGACUUUGUAGCCAGGGACGACUUUGAGGAUGCAGACCAGCUGCGGAUAGGGAACGAUGGCAUUUUCAUGUUGACCUUUUUUAUGGCAUUCCUUUUCAACUGGAUCGGCUUCUUCCUGUCCUUCUGUCUGACCACGUCGGCAGCAGGCCGCUACGGGGCCAUCUCUGGCUUCGGCCUGUCACUCAUCAAGUGGAUCCUCAUUGUCCGGUUCUCCACCUAUUUCCCUGGGUACUUUGAUGGGCAGUACUGGCUGUGGUGGGUGUUCCUGGUAUUGGGAUUCUUGCUCUUCCUCAGAGGAUCCAUCAACUACGCCAAGAUCCGUAAAAUGGCAGACUCCUUUUCUAGUCUCCCGCGAACCAGAGUCCUUUUCAUCUACUAAAAGGGGAAAUCUGAACUCUUCUUUAGAAGUUCGCUAUCUGGCCUCGACUCCAUCACGAAAAACAGAGAGGAAACACCUCUUGUUUUGCUGCCGAUAAAUCUGACAAUCAUUUCUAUGUCUCUUGACGUAAACUAGUGGAUGCUGACAAUUCUGUAACUAUUCAAUCAUUAGUGGUUUAUUUCAAGUGCUGUUUGGAAUCAAGUCUGCGACGCAGAAAUGAUGCUUAGACUAACCUGCACAUUGACUCUGUACCGGUACCCCCUGUAUAUAUCCUCAGUAUAGUUAUUUUAUUAUAUUUGAUUUUUGUAUUAUUAUUUUUUUUACUUUAGUUUAUUUAGUAAAUAUUUUCUUACCUGCAUUGUUAAGGGCUUGUAAGUAAGCAUUUCACGGUACAGUCGACACGGUACGGUUGUAUUUGGCGCAUGUGAUAAAUAAAAUUGGAUUUGAUUUAUAUAAUUUGUAUUAUCUGUUUAACAAUGGCAUGUACUGUUCCUGUUAAACAAUAGGGGGCAGUAUUUGUCUUUUUCUCUGUCCUCUUUCAAAGUGUUUGAUAUGGAGACAGCUCGGCUCUAUGCUGACCCUGUGAAACUACCCAUAGAGUUAUGUCUGUGAAUAGGAGCAUUGAGUGAAAUCUAUUAAUGUAUAUGAUAAUGAGAUUAAAGUUAGUCUUUUCAAGAUGUAGCCUUCAA